AUGCUAGCUUCUAUUAGAAGCAGAGGAUUUUACUUGCCGUUGAUCAGACGCAUCAACAGAUUUUCCAGUACAACAGUGUAUGAACCACCCAAAUUCGAAGAGCUCAACACUUCUACAUGGCUGAAGAUGAAUAAAGAAACCAAAGAUGAGAUUAUAGAAUAUUUAGAUUGGAAAAUGGAGGCCGACUGGUCCGGUAUGGCACAACAUGAACAAAGAGCAGCGUAUUUCGUUUCGUUUGGAGAUUGGGGUCCUCGUGCUGAGCCGAGCUCCAAAGCAGCGCAAAUGCAGAUGUCUGGAGCUGAAAUAAUUCUCAGAGGCAUUUUCAGCGGAGUGCUCUUCGCAGCAGUGGCAGUGAGUGCUUUGAAUUACGGUGAAGAUCGGAAAGUUUCGAAAAAUCUAGAGAUGUUGAAGAAAAACGCUGAAGGCAAUCCCUGA